AGAAGCACAGACGGAGCCGGAGCAGAAGCAAAGAGCGUGCUAAUGCACGAAGAGACACACUGAACAGAAGACGCUGCUGACAGAUAGCAAAAUUAUGUGCCCACUACCUGGACAGGUAACUAUCAGUCAUUCAAACUCAUUUACUUACAACAAGACCUAUCUCUCUUUGUCACACAAGACCAAUUGUUGCAUUUUUGUAGUCACCUGCUGAAAUUUGCUAUUGAAACUUGUAGUGAUUAGUACUCAUGUAAACGUACAAGGCUACAACGAUUUAUGUAUUAUGUGGCUGUAAAAUGCCGUAUGAUUAUAAAGUUAACAUGAAACCUUUGCAUCCCAUGUUGCGUUUGUUACUUGAGUAAAACUAAAUAUUCAAUGGAAACAAUAUGGUGUUGGGACUCAGAAUCAUAUUCAUCGCUAUAAUUGCCAUAAUCAAAUUAAUGUUAAUCUGCAUUCAAUAACCAAAUGAACAUUUGGUGAGAGUUACAGAACGUUUUGUCGACGAAGCUUUGACAUUUUGAUGGAAGCGAUUUUUCAUUUUUAUGACAAACUGAAUAAGUAAAUGGGCUUCAUUUUGAUUUCAUGUUUACUUAAAUGUUUUUAAAAGGUCAGUGCAUGCAAGAAAAACGUCAAAAAGACCAAGAUGUAGGUUUGACCCAAAGCUGUAAUAUGCCUGUAACAUGUUGCCCAUUUGGCAGACAGAGGACGUUUUAGAUUUUUCACAGGGUUCUGUCUUUUUGACCCUUGAACUGGGUUUAAAUGUGCUGGUUUGUGAAAUGUCACUGCACACGUUGCACGGUGGUGGAGGUUGGGAUAGGGCUCUUAUAUUACCUCAAACGUUGUGUUUUUCUUAUAAGAAAAGACUUAGCAGGUUUGUCCUCAAACCAAUGUACUAACUCUCUUUAUUGCACUAUUUUCCUGAAAGAGACCCAAUUCUUCUUAAAACAGGUGAGGAGGAAGGACUCUCUGAAAUGCCGGAGCGGAUCCGAGGAGCCGGAGCUGUCGGAUAAGGGCCGCGACAGGCUGUCUGAAGACACGGAAGAGCGUCAGCGUCGCAAAGAAAUGAAAUCCUCCAGGACGAGAAGCACGUCGAGGUCACGCUCCAGGGAAAGACGACAUCAUAAUCGUAACUGGGACAAAAAAAGAUCUCGCUCGCGCAGCGGCGACCGAAGGUCGAAGAGUCGUGAGAAAAAGAGACGUGCCAGAUCUCGAUCGAACUCCAAAGGCAAACACAGACAUCGCAGCAAGAGCAGGUGGGCGAAUAAACAUGCAUGUGUCUCCAUGCGGGUAAAUGAAAAAGGUGGUUUGACAUUCCCAGUUUCAUCUAGGGAGAAGAAAAAGAGAACAGAGAAAACUAAGAGGAGAAGUCGCAGUCGGUCAGCCGAACCUGUGGCUUUUAGAGGCAGAAACACGGCCAUGGAUGCUCAAGAGGCCUUGGCCAGACGGUUAGACCGAGCGAGGAAACUUCAAGAACAGAAGGAGAAAGAAUUAAUUGAUAAACAGCAGCAGGAUCGAGCAACAGCAUCCGCUCCGAUGUCAUCCGACACGGUCACCACAGCACCCGGUCCGGCCUUGAACGUCGCGGCGCUACUUGCUUCUGGCACGCAGGUUACCCCGCAGAUCGCCAUGGCUGCUCAGAUGGCGGCGCUUCAGGCUAAGACGCUAGCGGAGACCGGCAUCGCUGUGCCAAGCUACUACAAUCCCUCUGCGGUCAACCCCAUGAAGUUUGCCGAGCAGGAGAAGAAGAGGAAGCGGUUGUGGCAGGGGAAGAAAGAGGGGGACAAGUCACAGACGGCUGAGCUCUGGGAGAAGCUCAGUUUUGGAAACAAGGACCAAAACGUGAAAUUUCGCAAACUGAUGGGCAUCAAAGGUGAAGAGGAAAGCGGCCCCUCGGGAGCAGUGAAUGAAGAAGGAAUGAAGACGUUGCAGCAGCAGGAGGAGAUGUUUCGUAACCUGGACGUCCAGUACGAGAUGGCGCGGUCGCAGACGCACACGCAGAGGGGAAUGGGCCUCGGAUUCUCCUCCAAUUUCUCUUCCAGAGGCAUGGACGCCGUCUGAACCACCUGCGCCGCACUUCGCCCCAGUGAAAACUUACGUUCGUAGAGAAUGCUGUCACGUCAGCUCGCCUAGAUAUCGACUUCAUCAGAUGUGUCGUUUUAUUCAGUGACCGAUUCAUCUUGGAAGAAUUCACAUGUAAAUACAACUGAUCAUUUAAUCAAGAUUUGUUGCUUGGUCUCUGAUAACUUUGUGUGUGUGAUAUUGCAGUGCUCGCAUUGGGAGUUAAGGUGGGGAUUGUAAUUGUACAACUGACUUCUUUUGUAUUAAAACUGUGUUUACAGAUAGUCUCAUCCAUUGAUGUUUGUGAUAUCUGAAAUGCAUGCGAUGGACUAGUACGCAAUGAUAUUGUUGGCCUUACAUCGGGUGGCAGGGUAACAAGACAACAGAUUUGUGUAUUUAUUUAUGAUCGUGUGGGUAAAAACAUUGUCUAACUCGCAUAAUGCUCGGUGCGUUUUCCAUUCAGUUUCAUAUUGAACAAUACAGUACUUGAGGCUGUGCUUUAUCUGAGUAUGGGACAGCAAGGGGACUAACUGUGUAAAAUAAACCUCAAGCCGAAGUUAAAGAUUGAUUUGAAAUUAUUAUAGAAGUUAAGGAACUCCUAUACUGAUGGUGUAGGUGGUGGAGGGAGGAAGGUUCUCAUCGAGAGAGAGAAAGAUUAACUAAUACAAAUUGAAAUUCUUCAAUUGCAUUGGUAUACAGGUUUCAAGGGAUUCAAAACCAUGACGAGGAAAUGUCAGAAACCAGUGCAUCUCAACCUGUUUGACCUCAAGCCCACAAUUUCUUCCUAAUAAAGUAGCUUGUCAAUAUUAAGAAAUAGUUUUGGUUUUUGUUGUUUUAUAGCAUUUUAAUGCGUGUUUUUUCCGUUCAUCUAAAUCGUUUGUUCAUCAUUUUAAGUUAUCUAAGUUAACCGUCGAAAUUAUUAAAACAAUGAUUCAAGAUUC